UGCCAGUGUGAAUCUGAAUCAGUCACUUCUAACACAUGGACUGAAUCUGUCAUGUCCUUGCAGAGUCAAUUUCUUCCAUCAAACACUGCGACUGGGCCCCAGGAUGAAGCUCCUGCUCAGUUUAAUGCUUUUGGUGGCAACACUGAGUGUCCUCAGUUCUGCUCCCACCGACCAAACUAAAGUCAUCUCUGACGACACUUUAAAACAGCUGUCUGUGGAUGGAGAGAAACUUGUGGAUGAAGAAGUGAGAAGGGCCUUGUAUGCAGUGAAGCAGAUGAGGGAGGUGAUGUGGAGGAAUGAGCAAAAGCAUGAGCACCUCAUGAAAUCCCUCAAACACAGCAAUGACAAAAAGAGAGGGGCAGCCCAGCUGGCAAAGGAGGUGACAGAGAAGCUGGAGGAGGCUGAGGAGCAAUGCAAAGACUCCCUGCAGUCUGAGUGGGAGGAGUGCAGACCCUGUUUGGAGGAUGCUUGUAAAUCCUUCUACACCUCCACCUGCCGCAGGGGCUUUGCUACUUUCCACCAUAAGGUGGAAAACCUUUUCCAAAGAAUCUCCCGGCGCUUUGGACCUCGCGAGCGCCCCAUUGAAGCCGGGGAUAUUCUUGUGAAUCAAGGCACCAAUGACUCUGACACAGAUGUUGUCCAACUUGAGGAGUCCUUCAACCGUGUGAUGAGCAAAAUUGGCAAGCUGGUGAACCGCAGCAUCACCCUGGUCUCUAACAUGAGCAGCAGGCUCGACAAGGUCCUUCAGAGAGCUUUCCUGAACAACACAGAUGUCCAGGCAGAAGAAACCACCGAUGAUCCCUAUUACCCUGGCCGGGACUCAGGUUUCCUGCAGGGAGUUGGCCUGGAGGAGGUGCUGGAAUCCUUUUUUGACUUUGGCAAAAGUGUGGUGGAAGAGUUUGGAGCUGUGGUGACUCAGGUGUUUGAUGACCUUCAUCAGGCAGUGGAGGAGGAGAGGAAGAAAGCGAGGGAAAGUAUCCCUCGCUUCUUGCAGAACAGGAAAUUGUGCAGAGACCUUCGCAAACAGACAUCAGAGUGCUGGCAGCUUCAGAGCAAGUGUGAGGCCUGCCAGGGAUCUCUGCUCACAGAGUGUCCCAGUGUUCGGGAGUUGCACGUAGAACUAGACGAAGUUUCCCAGCUGCUGGAUGUGUCCAAAGAGCAGUACGAUGAGAUCUUGUCUAUUGUUCAACGCCACACUGAUGAAACAAUCAACUGGCUCAGCAACAUGGCAGCUGAAUUCAGCUGGGUGGGGAAGGCUGUGAGCGACAGCAGCACUCCUCAAAAUAUCUUCCGCAUCACCAUGAUGGCGCCAGAGAGCCAUGAUGAACAGAACAUGUCUGUAACUGAGACCAAGGUGGAGGUCAAUGUUCUGAACUCUCCCCCACUCAUCUUCUCUGUUCCUGGAGAGCUGGAGCUGCAGGACCCAGGCUUCAUUCAGUAUGUGGCCCAGGAAGCUCUGGACAAGUACAAGGAGAUGGUCAGGAUUGAGGACGAGUGAAGCUACAGUGUCUUAACACGCAGCACUUUAUUUCAAAGCAGAACUAGAUUGUGUUUGUAUAAUAGGCAUCAUGUUGAAAUACAAAUACACUGCAACUGUAAUGAUGUAAAAUACUGAAUGUAAAAAUAAAUA